AUGGCGGAGCCCAUCGUGGCACAGCUGCGGAUCCGCGCGGAGGUGGCGGAGGUGCUGCGGGAGGAGAUCCGCAGCUGGCAGAGGAAUCCAGGUUUUGCUACAGCUGUCUUAAAACGACUGGCACGGGUACCCCGGGUACCCCGGGUAAGCAAUGAAGUGGCAGAGAAUGUGAGGGACGUCUUGGACUUCAUGGUGUCUCAGACAGUUGCCACUUGGCUGGAGGUGAACGUCAUCCACUGCAAUGCAGCGAUUGCUGUCUGCGCCCGUGGUGAUGGCUUGUGGCCACAUGCCCUUGAUUUUCUCCAAAAGAUGAUGAAUCUGCAACUGUCUCCUGAUGUGUUCACCUGCAGCUCUACCAUGAAUGCUUGCUUGAAGGACAUGCAGUGGCAGACCGCACUGGGAAUGUUUUUUGAUCUCAGGAAGUCGACUAGGCCCGAUUUGACGCUGAGCAACACUGCCCUCUCUGCCGCUGCCUGGGAUGUGGCAGCUGCGUUGUUGAAGGAGAUGCCCCAGAUGGAAUUGAGGCCGGAUGUCAUCAGCUUCAGCACCAGCAUGGAUGGUGCACCCUGGAGAAAGUCACUGGUUCUGCUUCAGCAAAUGCAGGUGGUACAGUUGGAAGCGGAUCGACAACUCUUCAGCAGCAUCUCCGCGGAUUGCUGGCGCUUUUCGAUGGAACUGCUGCAGCUGAUGAGUCGAAAAUUCCUGGAAGCUGAUGCCAUCAACUGGGGUUCAAUCCUCUCACCUCUAGCAGAUGCACGUCGUUGGCUGCAAGCUUUGUACAUGUUGGAUGGGACCAUGGAGUCCAUGGAGCUCAAUGUCCGGAAUGCCUUGAUGAACGCGAUGAAAGGUGACUGGCGAUUGGCAUCCGCACUUUUUCAGGACUUGGACGUGGCGAAGUUGCGGCCCGAUGAGCUCACCUUGAACACGCGCGCGAGUGCUGCGUCAGGGAGAUGGCGAGAUGCGGUUCAUUUGGGACGGCUGGAAAUGGCUUCCAGCCUGGCGCCAUGGCGCAGAGCAAUGCUGCUGGUGGAGGCAGCAAAACAGCAGGGUCUUCAGCCCAACAUGGCCACUGUUUCUCGUGUGGGCCGCCACUCGAGCUUUUGGGAGCUGAUGCUGUGCAGCCUUCAGAGGUCCAGGCCGCUGGACCAAGUCCUCUACAGCGCCACCUUGAGCGAAAUGGAAACUGCCUCGGCCUGGGAGGCAGCUCUCAGCUUGCUAGGCUCCAUCCGGCGGGAGAACUUUGACGAAAUUAGCUUCGGAGCAGCCAUCAGUGUCGCGGCCAAGGGGAGCCAAUGGCAGACGGCACUCUCUUUGAUCAAGGAGAUGCGCGAGCUGCGUUUGCGCUGCGCGCAGGUGCCGUUCAACUCGGCCAGCAGUGCUUGCGAGAGAGGCAGUCAAUGGCCGAUCUGUGUAUCGCUGCUGGAUGAAGCCAUGAGCGCAGCGGAUGUGGUGACGUACAACGUGGCUCUGUCGGCUACACAGAAGGUGGGUUCUUGGCAAAUGCCAUGUCUAUUGCUGGAGGAGAUGAGUGCCAGAGAUCUACGGCCAGAUGUGAUUUCCCAGGACACCGUGCUGCUGACGUGUUGCCAGCAGCAACAGUGGUCGCAGGCCCUUGCAUCCCUUGGAUCCACCGAUGACAUGUCCAUGGAGAGCCGCGAGGUGCUGAUCACGGCCUGUGAGAGUCAACACGUGCACCGUGUGGCCUGUAGCUUACUGGACAUCCGGGAAAGUUGCUGGAUGGAAAUGGAAAAGAUGGGCUGA